AACCCACACCCCUCAUGAUCCUGAAAUUAUAGGCGGUGGUGGACCCUCCUCCGUCCCCAUCCAUUAGAGAGAGAGAGAGAGAGAGAGAGAGUAGGGAGUACACAAAGUGCAAGAACCGCAGAGAAGCUUUCCAGUCUCCACUUCACCUCAUUUCUCUUCUCUUCUUCCCCUUUAGUCUCUCUCUGCGGAUAACCCAUAUCAGGAAACGUCUCAAAUGUAGAGAAUUUUCUCAGUUAAGAAGUUAUUUUGACGGUUAUUGACUGUCGAUUUGAGAAAUGAACAAAGGGCGGUCACCGGAGCCUCUGGACUUCUUCAUAUGGACUGUUGAGGAUGUUGGGUUGUGGUUGGAAGAGAUAAAUCUUGGUAGCUAUCGCCAAGUUUUUGAAGAUAAUGGUGUCAAUGGAGAAUACUUGGAGAGCUUGUCCAUGUUCACAACUGAGCAGAUUCUCAGGUUUAUAAGGCGAUGCCACAUGAAAUGGGGAGACUUUAUCACGCUGUGCAAAGAACUUAGACGCAUUAAGGUGGCUUGCUUAAAAGGGGAGCAAGAGGUCCGUCGUCCAUGGUGGGCUCCAUCCUGCCUCUCAGUAAUCUUCGUUAAAGCGGCAAAGCGCAACAGACACUCUCGGGUUGUUUCCUUAAAGCUGGAACCAUGAUGUGAAAUCAUUUGUAUGUAUUCAUUUUUAUUUCUUUCUGUUUAAGGUAAAAAAAAAAAAAAAAAAAAAGGGAAAUAGGAAAGAAGGGUGGGGGGGAGGAAGAACUCAAGAUCCUUGAAAAUUAGGAACGGGCUUCUGUCAGUAGUAGAAAUCUCCUUUCCAUACCUUAGGCCUCUGUCUAUUUAUUUGUGUUCUUGUAGUUUUUCACUUGUGACUAUUCUGUGUUGCUUGAUGAUCAAAGAAAAAGUCAGUGGUGGUGGUGGGUGGACUUGAAGAGCUAAUUGUCGAUUUCUGAUUGGUGCCAUUGAUGUCGGAAAACUCAUCCAUAAACUCCUUAUCAUUGUAAUAAUGUUCUCAAUAGGUUAAUGCAUGUUAUGAAUAGAACUUUGAAUGCUGGAUUUGCAGUACCA